AUGGAUGGGGCAUGUUUGGCGAGCAGAUKGGAGACUACUGAAGAGAGUCUUAAGCGAAGAAAUGGAAGGAACGAGACCACGAGGGAGACCACGUCGAAGAUGGAUGGACAGUGUACGGGAGACAAUGAUGGAACUUAUGCAAUCAAGAGAAAUAAAUUGGGAUAUGGCAAAGGACUGCAGAGGGAAAUGGAAAGAUUUAGUUUCAACAGCAAAAAGCCUAAAUGGCUUUUUUUUGUGCCACAAUCAAAAUUGGAUGACGUGAAAAUGGGCAACAUACAAACCCGUAAGCCUGAAUACAGUUCGCCGAUUUCGACUCCACAGCAUCAGCUUCAUUUGCCUGUAGAAUUGCCCAGGACUCAUAAUUUGCGAGCUAGUAUUCGGACUAAAAUACCUAUGCCAGACAAGAGUGAAUUGGAAAGGCGGUUCACAAAAGUCUUGGAAAUGGUUCAAGCUAAAGACCCACCAGCUCACUAUUUAUCUAGACUCCGUACAUAUUUAGAUCCAAAGGCUUCUCGAAGUUCAAGAAAACGAAAAAUGGUCGGGGACGCCACUUCCACGCAGGUGUUACGGGAUCUAGAGAUAUCUCUUAGAACUAAUCAUAUAGAGUGGGUUCGUGAAUUUCUUGAUGAUCAAAAUCAUGGUUUAGAUUCGUUGAUUGACUAUCUUAGCUUUAGAUUAGUGAUGAUGCGCCAUGAAUAUAGGUCUUGUGUUGACGUGACUAAUAUCUCAACCGAAAAAAUCGCUCAAGGUAAUCAUAUUCAUACAAAUGGCAUUAGUAACGGUAAUGUAACGAAUCACGCGAGACCUACUUUAGACGUACUAGAUAGCCCUGGAAUCAAACGGAGAUCGCGACACGCUGCAAAGUUAAAUAUGGGUGAUACCAAAGAUGAUAUACACGUUUGCAUAAUGUGUUUACGAGCUAUCAUGAACAAUAAGCCACCACCUCCCGCACCACCAUUAGCAGGUACAAUGCAAGCACCAGAUGGUGCUAUGACAAUUAAGCGUAAAGUUCUGACCAAAUACAAGUUACCAACUUUGAAUUGGGUUGCAAUGAAACCAAAUCAAGUUCGUGGUACUAUUUUUAAUGAGUUAGAUGAUGAUAAGUUACACUCUGUGAUAGACUUUGGUCAGUUUGAAGAGAAAUUUAAAUUGACAGCUGCUGGUCGAGCAUUGAUUAAUGGUAAUUCUGACCAGCAUGAUGGAUUAAUGACAUAUCCAAGUAAACGAAUGAAGAAACAAGAUAAUAUUUCUCUUCUAGAACAUACUCGAUUGAGAAAUAUUGCUAUUUCAAGAAGAAAACUCGAUAUGCCAGUUGAACGUGUCAUAAUGGCUGUCAAUUCAUUAGACUUAAAGCAAGUACCUUUAGAAAAUGUUGAAAUCCUUCAACGAAUGAUUCCUACUGAUCAAGAGGUUAAAUCUUAUAAGGAAUAUCAGUUGGAGAAAAAAGACAUAAACAUGUUAACUGAAGAAGAUAAAUUUUUAAUGCAGUUAACUAAAGUCGAAAGACUUUCCACCAAAUUAUCUAUAAUGAGCUAUAUGGGUAACUUUAUGGACAACUUACAUYUAAUAUCACCACAAGUCCAUGCGAUUAUAUCAGCUUCAAGUUCUGUAAAGAAUUCCAAGAAACUGCGUCAAUUGCUUGAGAUAAUAUUAGCAUUUGGUAAUUAUAUGAAUAGUGCAAAACGCGGUCCUGCGUAUGGAUUCAAACUACAAUCACUAGAUACCUUAGUUGAUACCAAGUCAAGUGAUAGGAGUAUUUGCCUUCUACAUUUUAUCGUUGAUACUAUUAGGUCUAAAAUGCCAGAAAUCAUGAAUUUUGAUUCAGAAUUAAUGUACAUUGAUAAAGCAGCUGCUGUAUCAUUGGAAAAUGUUAUAACUGAUGUUAAUGAGUUGGAAAAAAAUAUGGAAAUAGUAAAGAAGGAAUGUGAAACACGAGGUUACGGAAAUGCUCAACAUGUAAUGGUUCUUCGAGAUUUCCUUAAUAAUUCUGAAGAAAAACUUAAAAAAUUGAAAAAUGAGACUAAAACCGCUCAAGAAUCUUUUAGGGAUUGUGUAGAAUAUUUUGGCGAAUCACGUCGAGGUACAGAUGCCAAUACUUUCUUUUCCAUGCUUGUUAGAUUUGUCAAAGCAUUCAAGGCUGCUGAUAYUGAAAAUGAACAAAAAAAACGAUUAGAAGAAGCUGCAUGCCAAAUUAAAUUAAAAGGCAGUACUGAGAACCUAGCURCUAAAAACAAAACAAAUCAAAAAUUACAACAAGUUUAUGUUUGAUGUAUGGUUGUGGUAUAGCAGUAUUACGAUAGUUGUAAUGCAUUAUAAAAGUAUUUCAUGUUUCAUUAUUUAUAAUUAAGAUUUAAUUUUG